AUGUUUGGCAAAUUGGCAUGCCAUUUGUAUGCGCUCAUCUGGAUUGUCUUUUUGGCUAUCGAGGGCCUUUCCCUGACAAAUUCGACGACAUUACCUCUCCCAGAACCCUUGCAGUUACCCCAAAACACAACUUCUGAUGUCCGUUAUGCUCGACCCAUCUUGGAGGCAAGAUCGGUGUCGUGUAAAACUUGCGAUGGAAAGUAUGUAACCGUCGACGGAGACGACACAGGUUGUGGUUUGAGCACUGAUCCAGAGGCCAACUCGGCUUGUUUGGUUUGGCAAAACGGAAACCGCUAUUGCAUGCGCGAAUCUUGGAGCCUUUGCUGCCACGAGUGGAUGAAAGUGGGAAUUCAGUGCCGUCCAGCAACGCACUGUGCGUACGAUUGGGGCCCAAAUGUCAACGAUUAUGGGGUGGUCUGUAUGCCGAAUGACCAAUAUGCAUGCCCUCAAGCAAAUGUUACUUGUCCGAUUGGGAACUUCUGCUGCGGAACUUCAUGCGGAGAUUCAAGCGCCGGAGACAUCUGCUGCACAAAUGAUAGUAGUUCAUCGAGUUAUGUAUGCAAAAGUGGCCAACAAUGCUCUGCCAAUGGCUGCAUUCAAGCUCCUUCCGAGACCACGCAAAUUGGAGACUGGAGGGCCCAAGGCUGCUAUUCUGAUACGGUGGAUGUUCGAACCCUCCCUAACUACCAUGCAACUACGACUGGAUUGACGGUCCAAGAAUGUGUUCAGGCUGCAGCUGGUUAUAAGUAUGCAGGCGUGGAGUAUGGCUACGAAUGCUGGUUCGGCAAUGAAUUAUCUUCAAUCACAACAAAGCAGUCUUCCGGAUGCAAUAUGCCUUGCUCAGGAGAUUCCUCCGAGCUAUGCGGCGGCAAUCUUCAUAUCAAUAUAUAUCUCAACGAGGCAUAUACGCUCAAGCCAACAGUGCUACCAAGUUCCGGCCCUUUCAAAAGCCAAGGGUGUUUUGCGGAUGAUUCGAAUGCUCGUCUGUUGAAUUCCGGUAGCUUCACGGACGCUACUGGCAUGACCGUUGCACGAUGCGUUAGCCUUGCAGGUUCUUCCAAAUAUGCAGCCGUCGAGUUCCAUUCGGAGUGCUAUUGGGGCAAUAAUUUACAUCAAGGUCAAGUAUCAGAGGAUAAAUGUGAUGCCGCUUGCCCUGGUGACCCUGGGACACUUUGCGGUGGUACUUGGGCAGCGAAUGUCUAUCAAAACGAGAAUUUUUCUCCUCCAAGCGUAUUGCCCAGCUCUGGGAACUUCCACAGCCGAGGUUGCUAUCGAGAUAGCUCCAAGCCUCGCCUUGUCUCUUCAGGUCAUACCACAGACUACGAGAGCAUGACGGUAGAGAAAUGUAUAAGCCUUGCUGGCCCAACCUUCAAAUACGUAGCGAUCGAGUAUCAUGGAGAAUGCUACUGGGGCAACACGUUGACGAAUGCCAAGGUUGCCGAAUCCCAAUGCGAUGCUGCCUGCGCUGGUGAUAGCGCACAUCUUUGCGGAGGCACAUGGGUUGCAAACGUGUACGAGAAUUCGGUGUACAAAUCACCCGAAGAACUGUCCCGUGAGGCAGUACGGGUCUUGCUUGAGCAGUAUCAAGCAUUGAUGACGAAGCUGAACAAUGAUGUUGCGGUGUGGCGGCAGGCAAUCCAGGAUGAACCUUCGACAAAUGGAAAGAGGAACAUGAUAGAACGUCGAUCUCUUACUGUAACACAGGCAUACGCAAUAGUGGAGGAAGAUAUUGCUGCGUUGGAAGCGUUUACUGGCUAUGUAGGAUCAAUCAGGCUUACAGGAGGAGAAACUGUUGCAAUUGAAAUGCAGCCAUUAUCAUACGUGGAAGCAACAGUCGAAGGAAGCAUUGCGAGCGUGGAGGAGUUGAGUCAAUACGGAAGUGUUGAUAAUCUGCUUGUUGCAGAGAUUGCCCAAGUCGCCGCUGGCGCUGCCACAAAUGCUGUUGCAGCAGGACAAGUGGCUGUUGCAAUCGUUUCCGGCCUCGGUAUCCUGGGUCUUCUUGCUGCUGCUUUUGCAGGUGCAGUGAUACCUGGAGGAGGGAAUUCCGGGGGAGGGCCAGGUUCACCAGGACAAACCACAACCUCUACCACGACAACAUCUUCUCAAACAUCUUCGACCACAACAUCAGCAUGUACCUACACUCCUACUGCCAGCAUUCAAAGUCGGACUCUAUUCUGUGAUGACCGCUGCCUGGUCGGGACCAAAUAUGACGAGAGUACACUCGGUGAUGGAGACGGAGCCGAUGGGAACCUGGAGAAGCGUGGCGCCUUGGAAGAACGAUUCGUCACCAUCAAAAGUAUACAGCCGUAUUGCCCUUUCUCAUGGACUGACCAAUGGAUUCCUUACCCAUCAACAAAUCCCGGGCUUGUACUUGACGGGAAUGGAAACCCGACAGGAGCAGAAGCACUGCCGAUUGUUCAGUUCUUGGACAUGGAUCUUGUUCCACUUAAUAUUGCUAAUGGUUUCUGCAGCUGGGAGCUACAGCCACAUGCUGUGAGGCAGUCGUAUACAGGUGUCGGCCUGAACGAAUAUCAUACCGAGCACGUUUUCGAAAAACACUUCGUGUCUAGCUUCCUCAUGUGGGUUGUUGCAGAGAACAUCGCCGAUUGCGACCACCUUUCAUUGGCCUUCUGGGAGCUGAGAAACGAACCAGAUGCCGACAACUCAGUGCAAGACCUCGCUUCACAACUGACAUGGUGGAGAGCCGCCGAUAAUGAACCUAUCGACAAUGGAAUCGAAAGGUUUCAUGAGUUCUUCAUUCUAGAAAAGCAUAUCAAUCUGGCCAAGACAUGGGUCCUUCACGUAGGCGUCCCAACAGCUCCAAGUCCCCUUGGGAUCCCAGCAGGAGACUAUCAAGCCGUUUUUAUCAAGUUGCGGACAGUCUCGCUUGUCUUCCAAUACUUGAGCAGAGCCGAUGUGAUGGCCGCGUACACAUCGACUUUCAACCGGUUUCAAGCAUAUCUGUAAGUCCUCGAUCUGUACUCUCAAGACAUUCGUUACUGAUGCUGAAAAUGACGUAGAACUGCCCACUCAUUGAACGUUUGGGUCCCUGCUGAUGGUUCAUGGCAGGCAGUUUUCCUCCGCUGGAGAACAGACUUUUUUCAUGAAAGACAGGCACAGGUGUUGGUGUAUCGCGCAGCAGCUAUUGCUUUUAUUCAAGCUCAGCUGCCAGCGGGAACACCUCAGCGAACUUCUUUUGAUAUUCUUGUUGCCAAUGGACCUCUGUCUGUAGCUGCCUUCACGUUCCCUGCUGCGUAUAUUGGAUAGAGUGAGAGGAAGAGCUAGGACGUCAAGUUGAAAGAAUAUAACAGAAUCUGCGACAGUCCAAAAGAACAUGCCAAUACUUGACACGGCAGUGAGGCUCGUCUUUUCCCAUAAAUAACGUCCGC